AUGACUUCGAUUCUCAACACCGUCUCCUCCAUCUAUGCCUCACGAGUAACCUCCGUCGACAGAGUCGGAGCUCUCUCACUCCGGAAUCCGGAUUUCGUCGAGUUCACUCGCCGGCGUUUCGUUUCGCCGACGUUGGACUUCGAAUCGUCAGGGCGGAGAUUUGUUGUGCGUGCGGCGGAGACUGAUACGGAUAAAGUUAAAUCUCAGACACCGGAUAAGGCACCAGCCGGUGGUUCAAGCAUUAACCAGCUUCUGGGUAUCAAAGGAGCAGCUCAAGAAACUAAUAAAUGGAAGAUUCGUCUUCAGCUUACAAAGCCAGUCACAUGGCCUCCAUUAGUGUGGGGAGUGGUCUGUGGUGCUGCUGCUUCAGGGAACUUCCAUUGGACACCAGAAGACGUUGCUAAGUCGAUUCUUUGCAUGAUGAUGUCUGGCCCCUGCCUUACUGGCUACACACAGACAAUCAACGACUGGUAUGAUCGAGAUAUCGAUGCAAUUAAUGAGCCAUACCGUCCAAUUCCAUCCGGAGCAAUAUCAGAGCAAGAGGUUAUUACACAAGUCUGGGUACUAUUACUAGGUGGUCUUGGAAUUGCUGGAAUAUUAGAUGUGUGGGCAGGACAUACCACUCCCACAUUGUUCUAUCUUGCUUUGGGAGGAUCCUUGCUCUCUUAUAUAUACUCUGCUCCACCUCUCAAGCUAAAACAAAAUGGAUGGGUUGGAAAUUUUGCACUGGGAGCAAGCUAUAUCAGUUUGCCAUGGUGGGCUGGGCAAGCUUUGUUUGGCACUCUUACACCAGAUGUUGUUGUUCUAACACUCUUGUACAGCAUUGCUGGGUUGGGAAUUGCAAUUGUUAAUGACUUCAAAAGUGUGGAAGGAGACAGAGCAAUGGGGCUUCAGUCUCUCCCAGUGGCUUUUGGCACUGAAGCUGCAAAAUGGAUAUGCGUUGGUGCUAUAGACGUUACUCAGCUCUCUGUUGCCGGAUAUCUAUUAGCAUCAGGCAAACCUUAUUAUGCGCUGGCUUUGCUUGCUUUGAUCAUUCCACAAAUUGUGUUCCAGUUUAAGUACUUUCUCAAAGACCCUGUGAAAUACGACGUCAAGUACCAGGCAAGCGCCCAGCCAUUCUUGGUGCUAGGCAUAUUCGUGACAGCAUUAGCAUCACAGCAUUAG